AUGGGUUUGAGAAGACUUAAAAACGACAUUUCUUUUCUUGAUUUGGACCUUGGAGUUCACAUUCCUCGAAGAAAGAGGGGUUCUUCCGGCUCUGCUAUUACCAAACGUUCAAUCUCUAUGAUGGAGUGCGCUACCAUUCUGAUUGCAUUCUCCAACUCUGUCACUCAUGUCCUUCCCUCUGCCUAUCUUCCACUUCGAACCACUAACGGAAAACCCAUCACCAACACAAAACCCAUCACUAAAAGAAAACCCAUCACUGAAAGAAAACCCAUCACUGAAAGAAAACCCAGGAAGAAGAGGUGUAAGCAAACCCCCUUUCCGACCACUCCGGACAUGCCGGCGGCGAUGAGAGAUCGAAUUGGGGAGAUGGGGGCGUACCAAAUCCAACUGGCAAUUCAAAAACAACUGCAAGAUACUGACAUGAACAAGAAUCAUGGGCGACUAUCUUUCCCUGCAAAGAAACUCAAAGUGGAUUUUGCAACGGAAGAGGAGAGGAGGGUACUAAAGCAACAAGAAAACAAGGGGAAAAAAGGGAUGAAUGUUAUGAUAGUGGAUCCUCUUCUCCGAGAGAGCAGCAUUUGCUUGAAGUUGUGGAAGAUUGGGAGCGGGGAUUCCUACUGUUUAAUGACACAAUGGAAUUCAUUGGUGGAACAGAAUGGGUUCAAAAGCGGAGAUCACGUCCAGCUUUGGAGCUUCAGAAAAGAUGAAUUGGAGGCUGAAACUCAAACCAUGGUUUCUCGUCUCUGUUUCGCCAUGGUUAAGCUUGAUGCCACCACUGCUUCUGCUUGA